CGAUCAGUGACAAGAACACCGAAUCCAUUAAACCGUUUAUUCCCCAAGGUCCUCGGAGCUUCAACAAUCAAUCUACGACAACCCAACUAUUUCUAUUUUUGUUCGAAAGAUCAAAUCGUAUCCACAAUUGAUCUUCCCCUGCCAAAGGUAAUUUCGUUCCUCUUGCUUAUAUAAUCUGCAACUUACGCAUUUAAUUGCUCUUCUUCAAGAUUUUCUUUAAGAUUCUUCAAGAAAUCCAAGGUGAAAUAGCUUGCCACUUGUUUACUUUUCCGUCAUUAAUCAAUUACCAAAAGUAAUUUGAUUUCUCUUGGUUCAGAUUUCAUCUUGAUCGAGCCCAAUUUAGGGUUCUUUACUGGUUUCUUGUUGGAUUAAGAAAGCUUGAGAUAUUUACGGUGAAACCCUUGGAGGUUUAUCAGAGGGUGUGAGUAAAUGGCUAUUGAUGAAAUAUUUGGAGAAACGCGACCUGUGCUCGCCCCAACCAAAAGUGCACUUUAUGUUUGGGGUUAUAAUCAAUCUGGACAAACUGGUCGAAAAUGUAAAGAGCAGAACUUGAGGAUCCCAAAACAGCUUCCACCAGACCUUUUUGGGUGUCCAGCCGGAGCCAAUUCACGCUGGUUGGAUUUGGCUUGUGGUCGAGAACAUACUGCAGCCGUGGCCUCUGAUGGGUCCCUCUUUAUUUGGGGGGCAAAUGAGUUUGGUCAGUUGGGAGAUGGCACUGAAACAAGUAGAAAACAUCCUAAAAAACUGAAGCAAUUGCAAAAUGAGCAUGUGAUAUCCGUGUCUUGUGGAGCACAUUGUACUGCUGCUAUUGCAGAGCCACGUGACAACGAUGGAACAAUCUCUACUAGAAGACUUUGGGUUUGGGGACAAAAUCAGGGAUCUAACUAUCCUCGUGUAUUCUGGGGUGCCUUUUCUCCUAAUACAAUUAUUCGUCAAGUGUCAUGUGGGGCUGUGCAUGUUGUGGCACUAUCAGAGGAUGGUCUGCUGCAAGCUUGGGGCUACAAUGAAUAUGGUCAGCUUGGGAGAGGUGUUACUUGUGAAGGCCUUCAGAAGGCUCGUGUUAUAAAUGCAUAUGCUAAGUUUCUUGAGGAAGCCCCUGAGCUUGUAAAGAUUACUCAAGUUUCAUGUGGCGAGUACCAUUCGGCAGCCAUAUCAGAGGAUGGAGAGGUCUACACUUGGGGAUUGGGAAACAUGGGUCAGCUUGGGCAUUAUUCUCUUCAAUCAGGUGAUAAGGAGCUGAUACCACGGCGUGUGGUUGCACUUAAUGGGAUAUUCGUGAAAGAUGUUGCAUCAGGUGGUGUGCACACGUGUGCCGUGACUACAAAAGGAGCUCUAUAUGCAUGGGGUGGUGGUCAAGCUGGCCAGCUAGGACUUGGCCCGCAGACCGGAUUCUUUUCAUGUGUCGCUAGUGAAUCUGGAGGCAUUUUCCGUAACAUGCCUGUUUUGGUUCUACCAUCUGGUGUAAAACAGGUUGCAUGUGGACAUUGUCAUACGCUAGUCUGCACUCAAGAUGGUAGAAUCCAUGGAUGGGGUUAUAAUAGCUAUGGCCAAGCAGCUAAUCAGAAGUGCACUUAUGCUUGGUACCCAUCUCCUGUUGACUGGUGUGUUGGAGAAGUAAGAAAGCUGGCAGCUGGUGGAGGCCAUUCUGCUGUACUGACAGAUGCUUGUUCUUUGAAGGAGUUGUGUGAGUUUAGGCUUGCAGACUGUGUGACACCAUGGAAUGCUUCUAUGAUUGAAGAUGUUGCAUAUCGAACUGGUUCUGAUGCUUUGGUCCGCCUUUGUGAGAGGCUAAGGGAAGAUCUCCCUGAUGGUGGAAUCUGUGACUGUUGAACCAAGAAAAGAGACUCCUGUUGUGUUAUAUAGACAGAAUUAAGAUAAUGUUACAUAGUUGAUUGAUACUGAUACUAUGUAGAUAUACAUAUCUAGCACAAAUAGCUUUCUGUUGUCUUCAGUCCUUAAUGUUGUACUUUAACAUUGUUCAGCAUUUGUCUUUAAGAAGAUGCAGAAACGUCUGUUGAUCAU